CUGACCUUCUGGCUAGCGCGGCACUCGCGGGCAGGGCAGAUCUUUGGGAUCUUUACCCGAAGAGAGGCCGCCGCAGUUCGAAAGUUCUCGAUUCAGGCAAGUGAACACUCGACUCGUCAACUUCUUUUGUAUUUUUGCCCCAGAGCUGCGCAAUGCCUCGAUAACACAGUCGCUACUUUCUGUCGACAUUCGUCCCUGCAUAGACUCACUGGCCAGAUCGUCCUCAUUCCUGGGUGGCCAUGACUUCGACCGCAGACAAGGCCGCGGCAACGGCUCUCAAAGUCAAGGGCAAUAAAGCGUUUGCUGAACAUGACUGGCCGGGUGCGGUGGACUAUUACACGAAAGCGAUAGAGAAAUACGAUGCGGACCCUUCGUUCUAUUGCAAUCGAGCACAGGCAAACAUCAAGCUCGAAUCAUAUGGCUAUGCCAUUGCGGACGCCACCAAGGCUAUUGAACUCGACAAGGACUACAUCAAGGCAUACUGGAGACGGGCGAUUGCAAACACCGCCAUACUCAGCUCUCAAGAUGCCCUACGAGACUUCAAGACCGUCGUCAGAAAAGAGCCGAACAACAAAGAGGCCAAGCUGAAACUGGCCGAGUGCGAAAAGUUGGUGAAGAAGAUACAAUUCCUCCGGGCCAUUGAAGUCGCAGAACCUCCCUCGGCUUUCGAAGGACUCGACCUCGACUCGAUAACCGUGGAAGACGCGUACGACGGCGUUCGAUUAAAAGAUGAGAUGACACAAGAGUUCAUUGACGACAUGAUAGAACGCUUCAAGAACGGGAAGAAAAUUCACAAAAAAUACGUGUUCCAGAUCAUCAAAGCCGUGAGGGAUAUCGUGUACAAUGAGCCCACCAUGGUGGAAAUGGACGUCGCUCCCGACACAAAAUUGACAGUUUGUGGCGACACCCAUGGCCAAUAUUUUGAUUUGCUGGAGAUCUUUCGACUCAACGGCUAUCCAUCUGAGAAGCACGCAUACCUGUUCAACGGCGACUUUGUGGAUCGGGGCUCGUGGUCGACAGAAAUCGCCCUACUGUUGUACGCUUACAAGUGGUUACGGCCUUCAUACUUCUUCCUCAACCGAGGCAAUCACGAAACAGACGAUAUGAACCGUGUUUACGGCUUCGAGGGUGAAUGCAAGGCCAAGUAUAAUGAGAAGACCUUCAAGCUAUUUUCCGAAUCAUUCUCCGCACUCCCUCUGGCCACACUCAUUGGCAAGAAGUAUCUCACGUUACAUGGCGGCCUCUUUUCAGACGACAAGGUCUCCCUUGACGACAUCCGCAAGCUCGAUAGGCAUACACAACGCCAGCCUGGACAACAAGGUCUGAUGAUGGAGAUGCUCUGGACCGAUCCACAACCUCAAAAUGGACGCGGACCCAGUAAACGAGGAGUCGGGUUGCAGUUCGGCCCUGAUGUGACGAAGAAAUUUUGCGAAAACAACGGCCUUGAAGCUGUUAUCCGGAGUCAUGAAGUCAGAAUGGAUGGUUACGAGGUUGAGCAUGACGGCAAGUGCAUCACUGUCUUCUCAGCACCCAAGUACUGUGAUAGCACAGAAAACAAGGGGGCAUAUAUCAAUAUCGGCCCAGAAUUGAAGCUGGAGUACCAUCAAUUCGAGGCUGUGCCCCAUCCUAAUAUCAAGCCUAUGGCUUAUGCGCAGAACUCUUUGAUGUCGAUGAUGUAAAGGCAUUUUCUCUAGGAACUUUAGAUGCGUGUUGCACCCCUGCUGGCUUGCAUUGGAAAAAUGGUCGGCUACAUGAAUGGAACGAUGUUGGCCGCGGCCUUGGUGAUCUGGGCGAAUAUCAGACGUCGUGCAAGCGUGUCUGAUUCUGUAAUUGUACGAAUGUUUGGCUUGCAGAGCGAUUCGAGCAUUGGACAAGCACACGAGUGCAAUCAUUGAUACCACGGUUAGAUGGAUUGCAAUCAGCGAUGUAAGACAAAAUGUAUCUUUGUGGAUAUGAUCCAUGAUCCUUGUCUCCUUUGGAUGAUGUGGCUGAUGAGGCUGUGCUUCACAAUGUGUCAAUAGCCUUGGCUUGAAGCUGACAAGGAACUGG